AUGGCCAGCCAAGAUUCGAAGGUCACCGGCGUCAGUGGCCCGACCCAGUGCGUCGGACCGUUGUAUCGCUCCGAGAGCCAAAAGCCUUCGGCGACCGUCUCAACUGAGAUGAACUUGGACAAUGUCAUCAUCCUCCCCCAGACACCUCAGCUAAUUGCACUUCUAACUAUCAUUCGGGAUAAGAACACCGAGCGUGGUGACUUCAUUUUCUACUCCAAUCGCAUAAUUCGACUGCUGGUUGAGGAGGGCUUAAAUCACUUGCCCACAGUUGAACAUGAUGUGACGACGCCUGUCGGCCGGACCUACUCGGGUCUCAUGUUUCAGGGCAAGAUCUGUGGCGUGUCCAUCAUGCGUGCUGGCGAGGCCAUGGAGCAAGGCUUGCGGGACUGUUGUAGGUCCGUAAGAAUUGGCAAGAUCCUGAUUCAACGAGAUGAGGAGACGGCUCAGCCGAAACUGUUCUACGACAAGCUUCCGGAAGACAUUGCCCAGCGCUGGGUUUUGUUGCUGGACCCCAUGUUUGCCACAGGUGGAUCGGCCAUCAUGGCUGUUCAGGUUCUCAAAGCUAGAGGUGUCCCAGAAGACCGGAUCCUUUUCCUUAAUCUGAUCGCGAGUCCUGAAGGCAUUAAGAACUUCACAUCAAAAUUCCCAAAGCUCAGAGUGGUCACUGCAUUCGUGGACCAGGGUUUGGAUGAAAAAAACUACAUCAUUCCCGGCCUUGGCGACUUCGGCGACCGCUUUUACACCGUCUAA